AACAUUUUGGAAGGUCUUAAUGUUAAUAAUGAUGUUGUGGAAGAAAACGUUCGUCAAUCCAUAAGAAACGCUAUUCUUGAAAGAGCAUUAAUGUUGUUAACUGAGCGAGGAGGAAAUCGACAAGAAGCACAUGCUCGCAUCCGUGAAAUUACAUUAGAUGUUGGGAAGAAUUCGAAUGUAGCCUUAAUCGUUGAUCAACUACAAGAAAUUCGUGAGGAGCUUCUACAAUUCUGUUCAGAACCUAUUCGCCUUUGCGGACGAGCAGAGGAACAAACGCGUGACUACAUAAACAAAACCUUAAAACCAGCUAUAGCUGAUACUCUUAAUUUAGUAGGUAAAGAUGCAUCUGGAAAACGAAUUUUGUUGGACGUUUAG